AUGUCCCUUGUUCCCGUGAGAUUCCAGGGCACAGAGCGCACGCUGUCCGGCAGCUGUGUACGCCAGCUUCGGGGCCCUGGACACACGCAAUUCUACAGCGUGUCAUUAGCUGAACACACUGGAUCUGAGACGCCAAGUGUGGCAGCGGCUGGAGCGAAGGAGACCACAAACCAGGUAAAUCUGACGUGGACGGCAUCAUCUAUUCGUAGUUUGGGGACAAAGCUCCCAUCUUAUGCAUGUUUGUGUGCUGUGGGAGCAAAGGUGCAAAGCUAUCUUUGGAGAGUCGCCUGUGCAGUUAACAUCUCGGCGGCUUUGGCUGCACAGACCAGACACCUGGGACGCUCCGGCACAAUUGCCACGCUCCGCCCUCCCGCGGGCCCCGUGGACAAGUGCCUUCUUGGCCCUUGGCCACCCCGAUCGUGCCCCGGCGUCCUCAGCUGCUCACAGCGCUCGGCUGGGUCUGACUCGGUCAAAGCGCCUCUCUCAUUUCCUGGGCUGGGCCGGGGAGCGGGGCUUUCGGUUUCUGUUGCGGGAAAAUCUGUCUCCACGGACGUCUGUGGGGCCGGCUGCUCUGCUGGCCGUCGGGGCUGUUUACUCUGCCACCCUGGUGCGGGUGGGGGUCACGUGUGUGCCCCACACUCCCUGUCUCCUUACUGCCUUAUCUUCAGUCCAGCACUCGCUGCCGUCGAACUCACUGAGUUCUCUAUUUCCCUGGUUGUUUAUUGAGACUUUAGCGUCCCUGAGAUCGGGGACCCCUGGUCCUUUCCUCAGCAUGGUGGCUCCAGGAGCUGUGAUGAUAUCUGGCUCGGGCAGACCCCAAAAAUUGCUGUGGAAGGAGUAGAAAAGUAGGUUCUAUACCAAAGCAGCAGAAGGCUCAUUGGAAAGGGAAAAGGGGCUGUGCAUUAAGAAAACAAAAGGUGUGUGUGUGUGCGUGUGUGUGUGUGUGUGUGUGCGUGCG